AUGGCCGACCGUUACUCUUUCUCGCUGACGACAUUCUCGCCCAGCGGCAAGCUGGUUCAGAUCGAGUAUGCUUUGAACGCCGUCAACCAAGGUGUCACCGCCCUUGGCAUCAAAGCCACUAACGGUAUCGUCCUCGCAACCGAGAAGAAGUCAUCAUCGCCGCUGGCCGAUCCUAGCUCGCUGUCCAAGAUCAGCCUCGUCACCCCCAACAUCGGAAUGGUGUAUUCAGGCAUGGGCCCCGACUACAGAAUAUUGGUGGAUAAGGCUCGCAAGGUGUCCCACACCGGAUACAAGCGCAUCUACAACGAGUACCCCCCCACGCGGAUAUUGGUGCAGGACGUCGCUCGCGUGAUGCAGGAGGCGACCCAGUCUGGUGGUGUUCGGCCUUAUGGUGUCAGCUUGCUCAUUGCUGGCUGGGACGAGGGUAUCUUGCCCGAGGACGAGGCCGAGGUCAAGGAAGGUGAGGAUAAGAAGCCUACUGGCAAGACCGGCGGAAUCCUGAAGGGCGGUCCCAUGCUCUACCAAGUCGACCCCUCUGGAAGUUACUUUCCUUGGAAGGCGACGGCCAUUGGCAAGAGUGCCACGUCCGCCAAGACGUUCCUAGAGAAGCGAUACACUGAAGGUCUGGAGCUUGAGGAUGCCGUGCACAUUGCGUUGCUCACGCUCAAGGAGACCAUCGAGGGAGAGAUGAACGGAGAGACCAUUGAAAUCGGUAUCGUCGGACCCCCAGCGGACCACUUGCUCGGGAUCGAGGGUGUUGAGGGUGCCACAGGCCCUCGCUUCAGGAAGCUUAGUCCUCAGGAAAUCGAGGACUAUCUUACGAACUUGUAA